AUGGCAGAACCAACACAUCAUCAUGUGGUUCUCUUCCCAUACAUGUCAAAAGGCCACACCAUCCCUCUCCUCCAGUUCGGUCGUCUCCUCCUUCGUCACCACCGCAGAGAACCAACUAUCUCCUCCAUCACCGUCACCGUCUUCACCACUCCCAAGAACCAACCUUUCGUCUCAGAGUUCCUCUCGGACACACCGGAGAUCAAAGUCAUCUCUCUCCCUUUCCCUGAAAACAUCUCCGGGAUCCCUCCCGGCGUCGAGAGCACGGAAAAGCUCCCUUUCAUGUCACUCUACGCCCCAUUCACACGCGCCACGAAGCUUCUCCAACCAUUCUUCGAGGAAACACUCAAGAAGCUCCCACAAGUUUCUUUCAUGGUCUCGGAUGGUUUCCUCUGGUGGACAUCGGAAUCUGCUGCUAAGUUCAAGAUUCCUAGGUUGGUCUUUUUCGGCAUGAACUCUUACGCCUCUGCCGUCUCCAUCUCUGUUUACAAACACAAACACAAACUCAUUACCGAACCGGCAACUGAAUUUAAUACAGAACCGUUUACUGUACCGGACUUUCCAUGGAUCCAGGUCAAAAAGUCUGAUUUUGACCAUGGUGCUCUCGAUCAGGACAAGCAGGAUCAAAUGCACGAACUAUUCAAUGACCAAAUCAUGGCAGCCACUACAAGCCACGGGUUCUUAGUGAAUAGCUUCUACGAGCUCGAGUCAGCAUUUGUUGAUUACAACAACUCUCAUGGAAAAAAUGUGUGGUGUGUUGGGCCAUUGUGUUUAACAGAUCCUCCUAAACCGAAGAGUCCUAAACCGGCUUGGAUCCAUUGGUUGGAUCGGAAGCGAGAGGAAGGGCGUCCGGUUUUGUACGUGGCCUUUGGAACGCAGGCAGAGUUAUCGGACAAACAGAUUAUGGAACUAGCUUUAGCCUUGGAAGAUUCAAAGGUGAAGUUUCUGUGGGUCACGAGAAAAGAUGUGGAAAAGAUUCUUGGAGAAGGAUUCAAAGAUAGAAUAAGAGAGUGUGGGAUGAUAGUGAGAGAUUGGGUUGACCAAUGGGAGAUAUUGUCACAUGAGAGUGUCAAAGGAUUCUUGAGCCAUUGUGGUUGGAACUCAGUGCAAGAGAGCAUAUGCGUUGGUGUCCCGUUGCUGGCUUGGCCGAUGAUGGCCGAGCAACCACUCAAUGCGAAGAUGGUUGUGGAGGAGAUAAAGGUAGGAGCAAGAGUUGAGAAUGUUCAAGGAUUCGUGACAAGAGAGGAACUUAGUAGAAAGAUUAAAGAACUAAUGGAAGAAGAAACGGGGAAAAUCGCAAGAAAGAAUGUGAAAGAAUAUUCAAAAAUGGCAAAAGCAGCUUUGGUUGAAGGGACUGGUUCAUCUUGGAAGAACUUAGAUUUGAUUUUCAAAGAGUUAAACCAUUUCCAAUAAACUAGAAACUUUAAUUUCUAUUAAAAUAAAGAAAAAUAAGUAAGAGAGAUGA